GCCGCCGCAAGUCACUGCCGUCGCAACGCUCUCCUCUAGAAUCAAGCUAAGUUUUUCCGUCAGAAGGCCGCGCAGGGGUACUUGCGUCCCACCGUUACCAUAGCGAAUGGGCCUCCGGGCGGUAGAUCCUGCUGCUUGCCAACAUCUUUGAGCUUCGGCAGCUCCGGAAGCCGGGGUAACUGGCGGGUAGGAAACUAUGUGAAAGAAUCUUCUGAUGUAAUAAUUUCUGGGUGUCACUGGAACAUUUGAUCAUCAUUCCUUUGGCAAUUCCAGCCUUCUAUGGAAAGUCAGUAGAAGCAGUUGAUUUAUUCACCUCUACGGGAAUCAGACUCAGCCUAUUUUGGUUUUCAGUGAAUUAUGCCUUUUCGGUUUGGGACCCAGCCAAGGAGGUUUCCAGUAGAAGGUGGAGAUUCUUCAAUUGGGCUGGAAUCUGGACUGAGCUCCAGUGCUGCCUAUAAUGGGAAAGAGAUGUCACCAACUAGGCAACUCCGAAGAUGCCCUGGAAGUCAUUGCCUGACCAUAACUGAUGUUCCUAUCACUGUCUACGCAACAAUGCGAAAGCCACCUGCACAAAGCAGCAAGGAAAUGCAUCCUAAAUAGCAUCAUUAAGCCUUUUGUAGAGGUUUGACUAGGUCAAGGGUAAUGGGCCAGUAUCAUCUUAUGAUCUGAUAAACAAAUAAAAGUGGUGGCACCUUUGGAUGA